AGGGGCGGGCAGGGCGCGGGCCGGGUGGAGGGACAGCAGCGGGGGCAGCCCGGUCCGGCUGGUGCUGGCUCUGCCCCCACAGCAGGCUCGGCCCGGGCUCCGGCAGGCUGGUGGCCGCCAUCGGGGCUCAGUGGGGGCCCCCCGGGCUCCUUUCCCCUCCCCUCCCUCCCUCCGCGGCGGGCGACGCUGGAGGAUUUUCUCCCGCUGCGGCCCACUCGCUGCCCCCCAGACAUGGUAGGUCACCUACAGCUGCAAGGGAUGGACGAGAGCCUGAAGGAGAAGAGCCGGGAAGGCUUGCUGGACAGCCCGGACUCGGGGCUGCCCCCCAGCCCCAGCCCCCCUUUCUACUCCCUCUCGCCUGGUGAGAGCCGAGCUGGGGGCAGCGGUGGUGCGGACCCCCCGGCCCCGGGGCACCGGCGAGAGGCCAAGGACGGCAAAGUGAUGCCUUACCUGCUCCUGAACCCGUCCAUGCCAGAGAUGAGGCCUCGAAUGCACCCUGUGUUUUUUGGAGAAAGCAUUGAGGUCAGCCCUGAGCCUGUGCAGGAAAUCAGGUGCAAUUCCGAGGUGAAGUAUGACUCUGAGAAGCAUUAUCGGGAUGACAUCUUCUACGGCCCCAUUCCUACUGUCACUGCCUACAGUGAGACAGUCAUUGCUGCUCCCAAUUGCACCUGGCGGAACUACAAGUCCCAGCUGAUCUUUGAGCCCCGCCAGAAGCCGCUGAGGUUUCAGAGCACGACCAUCAUUUUUCCUAAGCGUGCCAAGAACAUUUACCGGACCACCCUCAACUACAGCUUGGGUUGUGCCAAGCGUUGGUUUGCUUCCAGUGUGCAGCUGGAACUCUGCGAGGAAACCAGCCCGUGCGUCAUCUACAGUGAGACCCUCUGAUCCGCCCUGCCGCUGGCAACCUUGUGACCUCAAGGAGGCUGUGGCCUUUGCUGUCUCUGGCUGGGUCUUCAUUGAUGGCAACUGAAUAUUAAUGGCUGGAGAACACGUUGUCUUGGGUGAGGCUGAACUGGCUGGGAGGAGGCUUGCAGGGCACAGGAUGGUUUUGAUCAGUGAGAGGCUGGCUUGUAUUUUGCGACGUUCCUGACAUUCAUGAUCUGGAUUUUAUUUUUGUUUUUUUUCCAAGCAUAUCUAUUUUUGACUUGUGUUUAGAUGAAAUCAAGAUGACAAAGGACCCUACUACCCAUACCAGAGUGCUGCCUUGUGAGCUCUAUAGGUCUCGCCUAGGACAUAGGUGAGACUCACUGUAACCUUCAGAGUUAUUUUGAUCUUUGCAAAGGGAAGACCAACUGCAGAGUCAGCGUCCAGUCUGCCCAGCACACACCAAGCCAGGUUUAGAGUUCAAGUACAGAGGAGGCAGUUAUUUGUAUCAAUACAUCACAGCUUGCUCCAACAGCUCAUCUGGGAGAUAGCUGCAGUAUUACACCACUGCAGUAACCUUACUGGGAGGAGAGGGGACUGCCACCAAGAAAAAGAGGAGGAACACAAGCACACGGUGCUCUUGCUAGCAGCUAGAUGUUUAUCUACCAUAGCAAGGCACAGCACAACCAGGAGAUGGGAGAAAGGCCAACCCUGACACAUGGCCACCUGUUCUGUGAGCCCAGCCAAGAGUCUGCAGGGGAGACUGAGGAACCUGAAUAGCUGAAGGGCUAUUUUCUAAAAGUGCCCGAGUGAUUUAGGAGCCCAGUGCUCUUUUUCAAAAGUACUGUCAGUCCAAGUGUGCCAUGCUGUUCUUUGUCUUGAACACCCCAUUUAUAGGGAUCUUUACGCACUUGCAGCCCUUUUGAGUUUCAGGGUAGGGCUGUAUUGCAGAGAGGAGUGCAGACAGGGAGAUGCCAGAGCAGGGUUAACUCAUGAGCAAGGCUGCUCACCCUCUCAAUAGUUUCCAUACCUGUGGCGUGCACAGCUUCACUGACUGUGGAGGAGCAGCCAAACUUUCUCAGCGUAGAGCUUGAAGGAUUGAAGAGCCCAAAUCCAUCCAGGUUUUCCUUAAUCAGCCAGGCUGUAGCAAGUCAACAGGCACUUCACAAAGAGCUGAGCUGUCUCUGCAAAAGGAUCAAGAAACACUGAGAGAGCAGGAGUCACUACAGCCAUCCUAAGAUAAACCAUUCCCCACUGGUGAAUCACAUCUCCCAGAAUCUCUUGACUCUGGUAGCUCACUGAAAAUCUGCAAGAGCCUGGAUUCCCACAAACCUAUAACCUUUGAAAAUAGCAUGGAAUUGUCUCAAAAAAUCUUACCAAGAAUUUUUGCAUGCUGCUCGGAAGAGUCCAGACUUAGAAAAUAACCACACAGCUCCAGAAAUCAGUUUCCAGCUUUCCCUCUUCUAAACUUUCCAUUUUGUUCCUGACUUGCUGCGAGUCUGAUCGAGUUAUUUCAGAACACAACUGAGCAGCCAAGUCAGAAAACCUAUUAACAAUGUCAACAAGACAGAGCUGAUUGCCCAGAACAGUUGACGCACAAACCCACAGAGAUUAAAAAAAAAUAAUCUGAAAAACUUAAAAAAAAAAAAUUAAAUAAUGACUUACAAAGAUACUUUUUCCAUCAGUUUCAAAAGGCAAUUGGUAAAUGUGACCAGAACCAUGACCUUUAUGAAACAGAGUUCUCUUGUUUAAAAUGAAGCACAUUUUUUCCACCAGAGGUAAAUAUAAGGUCUUUCUAUACAAACUUAAAUCCUGACAGCUGAAGCAUCAUUAGUAUUGAAAGAUGUGGGCUAUGGCAGCGAUGAACUCUGCCUCUCUAUUUGGGAGUUAGGACUUGGUAGGGAGAAAUCUCUCAAAGGAUUUCCAAGGCUUCCACCUACUGUUGAAUUCUUUUCAGCAACACAGAUACAAGGAUUAUAUUUGUUAUCGGUCAGAUUUUGCUGUCACUGACUGUCAGCGUCAAAGCCUGGAAAAGCAGCAUUUGCCUCCAAAGGGACGAUGAUGCCUGAAGCAACCCUUCUCCCCAGAGCUCCUGCAAGCAUGAGUGUUGCAGAAUUAGCUUAGGCAGCAGGGCAGUUGAAGUGAGGAUAAAUGUAGUCCCAGUGCAACGUGAGCAGGCGAUGCACUUACUUGCUAGCACGUAUUGGGGCCUAUCCUGUUUCGCCAAGUGCUGGUGAGCGAGUCUUGUGACCAGUGGAAAUUCUCAUCUGCCUUCCUGGGUACAUCCUAAAGGCUCAGAGGGCUCUUUCCAUGCACCUGUGAGAGUCUGUAGCAAAGCGGGGAGGUUUCCAAGCUGAGUGCCAGUGUAAUCCAGGUUCAAAAGCAGGGCCAAUAUUCAUGCCCAGGAGAUCCCUGCAUGAUGACAGAUCAGAUUGCAGGCAUCUCCACUGAGCAAGCAUGGAGGCAGGCUGACCUCAACGCCAAAGGGAUGCCAGAGACUCCAUAUUCUGACCAUACAUCAGGCUUUUCUCCUGUUAACAGUUGGAUUAUCCCCCUGCUCCAAGCACAAAAUCGAAUUUUGAUCUUGCUGGUACUUGAGCAGGACAGGUUUUCACCAGAAAUCUCUUUAUUAUGGCCAGCUGCAGGCUUCUGCCUGCUUUAGUCUGCUGUUAGUUCUGCUUCAUAAACAUUGGCUGCGACAGAAAAAAAAGAAUUCAAAGAAAGAUGAAAAACUAGUGGGCAAAUACAAAUCUUGUGGAGAGACCUGAAGCACGGCCUGGUCUGUCACCAGGCAGGGAGGGGGGCUGCUAAGGCAAAGUCUCACAGGUGGAUGGUAGGGUGCAAUGGAGGGCUGCAUCCUUGGCGCAGCAGGGUCUACACACAUCCAGGCCAGGCCUCUCUGAAGCUUUUUGUUUUCUUUUCUUUGCAAAUAGAUAAGAAAUGACCUAACAUGCUCCUGCUCCUUUAAGCUUCAGCAGUUUUUCUGGUUUUACCAUGUCAGGAAAAAAAGACACAGAGUAGCUUGGGUUUCUAGGCUGCUGAACAUGCUUUGAGCUCUGGAGCCAUGGACAGGCCAUGGUGGGCUACCACCCUGGACCACAUCCAAACUAUGACAUUGCCAAGUAUCUGAGACCUGUAGAACAUUUUGAAAAAUACCUUCUUAUAUGGUGUCUCCCAUGGGCCCAUCACAGGCUGCUUUUCUUCUCAGAGAAAGCUGGAAUUGGAAUGGGACUUUGUUUUUCCUGAGGACAAGAAAACCACAGAGGGUCAAGCCUUCACCCUUGCCUGGUUGCAGAUCCCACCUUCCCCACCCACCCUCUGCCCCUAUUGCUCCUAUCCCUGUGGCUGGGUUAGGUGGUGGUAGAAGAGCAAAAGUUCAUGUUGCUCAUGACUGGGAAAAGUGAUGACUUUUUUUUCUUUUGCUUAAACACCAGAAACUGACUUUUGUGUGUGUGUUGCCAAUUAAGAAUCACACCAAGCAGCCAAGACGUGUCUUACCUGUUGCUGUGUCUGUACAUCUAAAAGGAACGGUUAGUCCCACUAGAGAUGUGUUUUUCUUUUAAGUGGAGCAUUAUUAAUCUCAGCCAACAGAUCUUUGUUCAUGUAUAUUUGCUCGAAGAUACAAAUGAUAAAUUUAUAGUAUGGAAAUGCUGCGUACAAAGGUGAGUUUCCUCAAGCAGCUGGGACCAUGGCUACAUGCUUCCUCCCCAGGAAUCUAAUGUGGCUGAUGCCCACAGUCCUAUAAGCCUGAUGGGUGAAGUCAGACUGCCUUUAAGAAUUAUUUUCCGUCAAUAGUUAUUUUUGAGAUCAGUUUUUCGGAUGGAGGUGGGGGGGGAGGAAGGUUGGUUUUUUCAAUAUGGAAAGUCACUGUCUCAAAGGUGCGGUGUCUGCCCUUCAUCCUCUUCAUUCCUGUGAUUGUUUCACCCCUGAAUGCAACAGAGCAUGCUUGUGUCUGGUCUGCCUGUGUUGCUGUCAUUGCAUUUGGGGCCAAAAGGAGGGAACCCUAACUAAAUACUGAACUUUCAGAAUCUGCAGAAUACUUUGCACAAACCACAGCGAACAACUUUGACCAAAACAGUUUACUGCUUCUUUUGUCUUUAAUCUUUUUUUUCCUUUUUCUUUCUUUUUUUCUUUCUCUUUUUUUCUCCUAAGCCAGCUCUACUUGUCUCAAUGUGAAAUACAGAUUCGCACCCUAGGUGCAUACUUUCUGGGAAUGAUGAAACGAGGUUUGGGUGUUGAUAGCAGUGUUUGAGUGAGCUGCUGGUCAGAGAAGUGAAUGCUAUUUACUAUUUAUGUUGAGUGUGUCUUUAAAAAAAUGGGAAAGGUCACUAGAAGGCUAAUGAGCAAAGGACUUUGUAGAACAAACUGAAGACUAAAGACUGCGUGAAUCUGGUUUAGAGGCAAAUGGUUCUCUGGGUGAUCAUUGUGAGCUAGGAUAUUUAGCCAUUUUAGUUUUAACCUGCCUUUUUUUCUGUAGGGAAUGGCAUCCUUGCCUGCCUUAGAGCUGAAACAAGAUCGGAUCCAUCAUCUGUCACAGUCAUUCAGUCCCACUGAAGUCUGUGAGCAUCAGUGUUCCCCAGGCUUGCGGGAACUGUGUGUAUCAAGCACACAUGCACAGAGCUAUGUCUCUGUGGAGGUGGGGGAACACACUAUAGGGAAUGAUGGAUCUUGUGGGAUACUCACAUUUCUACGGCCUUACAAACUCAGCUCCCUGAGGAUCACCUCAUCACUCACAAAUUGAUCUGUUCUGAACAUCUCCCCUAAAGCUCUCCUAUAACUAUUGUAUUUUAUAAGUCUUGGGAGGCACUAAUUCUUUUUCAGGUACUGUAAUGGCCAUCAAAAUGAGCAAAGUAUCCUACCAUGUGAAUUGUGACCUGAAGAUGGGGUUGAAAGGUGUUUGAAGGUUAGAGAAGGAAAAAGAGAACUUAUAACUGGUGGAAAUGCAUAAGGAUGUGUCAUAUUUUUAUUUUUGUAAGUCUGAUUCUUUAAGUGCUUGUAAAGUACUUUACUGUUGUAUAUGUGGUGAUGCAGUAGUUCACAAUAUCCUUUUAUUUUUAUAUAUUCCCCCUCCACAAUAAUCCCUUUCUGUUCAACUCAUAGAGAGUAAUUUAAGAAGACAAAAUUUAUAUAUCAUAAUAAAAUGCUCAAACUAU